AUGGGUAUCUUUGGCCCCAAAGGUCGACCGUGGACUUACCACGUCCUCCAUCGCAAAUGGCCCAGAGUCCCAAGAACGGCGAUGCGCUGGCUGAUGCUGGUGGAAUUCAUCGGCUUGAUACCUCUGCUCGUCAUCACGGCCCUCUCACAGCCGAAUCUGUAUCGAACUGCCCUGUGGCAGAUUGGAUGGGACCACCGUCUCAACUCAAACCCCGCCAUCAUUCUCUACGCCUAUGCCAAUCACACGAGUCAACCGAAACUCGCUUUCAUCUGGUCACAAAAGCUUACUGAUUUCAACGUCGCCAUCGCCGUCAUCUCUCUCUUCUUCCUCCUCAGCAAGCUCAUUGCUGUCAUCAUGCGAGUGUGGUAUCCCAUUGUAUCUGUCGCCAGCUCCACUGCUCUGGUCGUCCUUUAUGCCGUGAGCACCUAUGGCCAAGUUGGACCCGAUUACACCGACCCGAGAUACCCGGCACCGGCCGCGUGGUACUUUCGAUAUGGUUGCGAUAUGGCCAAGCCAUACGGCCAGUACACCAACUGUCAAAUUGCACAGAGCUCGCUCUUCAUCACAUUAUACAUGCUGACCGUGUACCUGCUGCUCCUUGGUUUCUCUCUCUAUUCCAUGUGGCCUAAUCACCUCAACGACUUGGAUACCGACGAGGACGAGGAUGAUGAAGAGCCUGUAAAAGAGGGCAAGGGCAUUGAACUGGGCGGCCUGAAAGAGAUGGGCAUGAAGCAGCCAAUGGCUUCGGGAGCCGUGCCUUUUACACCGAGAACACACGCCUUCCACAUUCUCGACCGAAAGCUCCCACUAAGACAGGAGAGUGAAGUAGUGUCGUACGCUUAG